AAAGACCGUAUUUUAGACAGAGUGAAAAAAUUUGUCUUCGGAGAGGGACCACCCGAAGAGGAGGAUGAAACACCCGAGAGGUAAUUUUGCACGUGUGAGGGUUAUUAAUUUAGUUAUGUACUUUGGAGAAAAUCUCGAACAAUUUUCAAGAUUUAGAAACUUGUUGGAGUUGGUAUGCUCUUGCAGCUUUGGAUGUCAGUCUUGUGUGCAGUUCUACCCAACUUGGCCAGAAUUAUGUGAUUUUAAAUGGUCAAUGUUCUUUUUCAAUCAUUUCAGUUAUUUUCAAUUUGUAAAAGUUGAAAAACCAGCUGUAUACAGCAUGAAGAAACAGGAAAUUGUGGAAAGACUAGAAAAUAUUGUCACAGAAGUUAUGCCUGACGACGAAAAUUGGAGAGAUCAGUCGGUUAAAGAUUUGGUUUUAAAAUAUAAGGUACGUGUCACCAAGAACUCUGCCUGAAAAGUAAAGUAAGUAAUUAUUUUUGUUCAUUUUAGCAGCUUUGAAGGAAAGAAAAGUAGGGCAAUAUUCCUUGAGGGAGUAGCUACAACAUUUUCACACCAUGGUUUAUAACAUGAACCCUUUCACUCCAAGCAGUGAGCAAAACAUACUUUCUCCUUUCAAAAUCAAUACAGUAUUGAGCACACAAGUGACGAGAAUAUCAACAAAUGUUAAUUAGAUUAUAAUUUGAUCCAAUACUAAAUCCUCUGACCUAAAAGUAUGGAGAAUUGCUAAAGAGAUCUUGGAUGUGAAGGGGUUAAUGACUGAGGCAAGGUUAAUCCCUUAUGUGGUGUGUUCUAUGUGUUACCUUGUGAAAAAUUUCCAGGCAUCUUAUAGCCAGUCACAAGUAUAGCAUGUUUUUCAUAUUGUUCUGUUAAUAAAUUAAAAUUAUUGUGCAAUUAUUGAUUAUCACUAUUUUGAUAUUUCCCUCUAGAUUCUCAACAGAUGUUAUGAGGAGUUUGGAAUUUUGGUUCCCAAUUUCCAGUUAAAUGAAAUGAACAUUGUAAGGGAUGUUAUCAAGUUCUACACUACAGCAAAGCCUGAAGACAAAAGGACAUUCAAAUCUAUCAACAAACAAAAUUUACCUCGCAACUUAUCCAUUGGUGGAUCUCUACCCCUUAAGAAAGUGUCUGUAACAUGA